AUGGAUCCUCAUCGCCUGCCCAGGCACAGUUCAAGCCAUGGAACUCUCCGUAGUAGCUAUUCUCAAGGACGACCACCCCACGUCCCCCCUCCCGGUCGUCCGCUGCAUAAACCACUUCGAAGUGUGAACGAGAAUUCCGUCUUGCUACCUUCGCCUGGUGCUUUAGAAAGCAUGCUGAAAACCACAACUGAGACGGGAGAUAUCGGGAUCUUCAGCAUCAAACCAGUACCCCCAUCACCAAAGCGGAGGGAUACGUUGUCUGAACUCAGCCAGCAACAGCAGCGUCCAUCAUCACGUCCCUCCAUCGAGGAAUUACACCGUCGAAAUAAUGGCAAGAAUCUUCCUUCGUAUAGAGACACUACCUCUGAGAUAAUCUCUAUGUAUGGUUCGGAGAGCCAUAAAUCAGCUACCAGCACGUUAACUCCAACGUCUUCGGAGGAGGUUGGGCUCCGUUCAUAUUCGAUAACCACAUGUGGAUCACGCCACCUCUCUCAUCAUAGAUCUACAACGACGUUGCAAAGCCAAGCUAGCGGAGGGCCGCUUCAACGCCCACGAUCACCCUUCCCUUAUCCCACUCGACUGAAGAGACCAGGGGUUCGCCCAGCAUCACCAGCACUUACGGAAAACGGCCGAAUUGACUAUAGUCGUAUGGUGGAGAUCGAUCGUUCUUCUUAUAGGACUAUUCAUGGCCCGUACAGACCAGCCUAUCCUCCGAUGCUGCGAAGGCCUCCUCCCCUAGGUUUUCACUUUGCUGCCAGCCUUUCUUCAGUUUCGUUACCGCCACAGGUCCCGCCUCAUAGUCGUCAUGGACCACCAAGGCCUCCUUCAAUGCGGACACAUUCUGCUGCUUCGAUGGCGUCUUGGGCUGCGCCAUACCAUGAAAGAGUAGAUAGUUCUUCUUCUAGAGCAUCGAGCCUCACCUCGGUUGGAAACAUGUACCACCGAAUGCCGCACAAAGUUGGACCGAGUGGCCUUUCCGCUCCCGUGCCACGCUACUAUGAUUAUACCGAAGGGUUUGAGCCCAGACAGCCGCGCACUUUAACUCCAGUUCAACCGUUCGCACCGGUCCCCACCCACGCAUCAAAUUAUCAACGACCGUUAGUAUUACAAGAAUCUGAUGAUAACUUGGCAAUCGCGUAUGGACAGCGAGAUUCCGCAUUCUUCGGGCCUGAAAGCCAGAGCCCCUAUAGAACAGGCACGGCAGAAUCCAUGAGGGGUGCUAAUACGCCUCGCGCCGAAAGCUGUAGGGCUAUUAUAGAUCGAGCCCCAUCCCGUUGCCGCACUGCCUCAAUCCGCUCUGAAACUCGAUCGAUCGCAUUUGAUAAUUCAGAGAUUGAUAGAAAAUUCGGAAGAGGAAGUGAUAUUGAUCUUCUGCCAUCUCAAACAGGCAGAGACUCCAUGGACACAUUCAACCCGAAUCUUGAUCUUGAGUCAAAGGACGUGCCCACGUAUAGGUACACGGACUAUCUCUCCACAGCGACGCCAAAGACAAACGUAAAUUCACCGCAGAGGCAGGUCCAGGUUCAAGGCAGUGGAGCUCCUACAAUUCGGAGUGAGCAAGGCGUAAUACUAAGAGACGAUACACAGGACGAGAUUCUACUUGAGGGACUAGAUGACAGUGUCGAUGCUGACGUCGUCAAGGAACAAGCCAUGACUACCCCUCAAGGCGAUGCAAUCAAACGACGUUCGUGUUCCGAACCUGUCCGUGGUUAUUCUAAUAAUCCAGUUCUGCAUGAGACGCAACCCGAUGGCCAACACAGGCUUGCCACGAUGGAUCGCUCUAGUUCACAUUACAGCAGAAGGAGUGCCAUGCAUGGUGCAAGCGGGAUAACAGCUCUCAAUAGCGCCGGCGGCUUCAGCUAUAAAGUUGGUAAUGCCGAUGCACCGACGGUGGACGGGGAAAAUUCUAAUAUCAAUUGCAACUAUACGGGAGAAAGUGACGCCGUUUCAGCUUCGAACCAAGCACAGAGGCAGAGGUUCCAACGUCAUAAGCGAAACCAAGCGGUUCCUAGAAUCAGUACUAGUAGCUUGCCGAGGGAGGACAACGAAGGCUUCCCAUACAUUACUCCUUCGUGUUCCACAACACCUAUCGUGUCACCAAAACCGAUCUCUCCUGCACGCCAACUGAAGCUGAAGAAUAGCGUCCCUCAACUUAUGAAGGCAUUGCCGCCUCUGCCUGGGGAUCCUGAUUAUAUUCCUCCACCAACACCAAGUAUAUUAAGCACAUCAAGCAAUGAAGAGGACUUUUCUGAAGUCCUUUCGCCAUUCAAGUUUGAUCGGUCCUCCUCCCCUCGGCUACUGGAUACGGGUAUCAGAAAACCAGAAUCAAUUUGCAGUCAUGAUCGAACCUCAGGCUUACACAGUCAAGCCCCGAGGCUGAAACUGAAGGCGAAAGCUUCUAUUGACUCAGCAGCUACGGUCACCUCUGACACAAUAAUGUGUGAAUCAGAUAUUAAUCAACACAGGUCUAGUAGGACUCCUCAUCAAAUUCCCGAGGAUCAAGAAAGCGAACAUUUUCCUCGAGUCCGUACUCGGAAUAGGUUAAAGCUUAGGUCUUCCAGAAGUAGUACUUCUAGUCCUCCCCCUUCUGCCACGGUCCGUCGAAAUGUAGCUACAGAAACAUCUGACAUCAUUUCAGACAUUGCACGACAUAAGCCACGAGAUCUGUUCACCUUCCUUCCCAGUCUGACUUCGACGCCCCAUGCGAGUAGUGGGAGACCAUUGGAAGCGGCAUGGAUUGAGCAGCCUCCUUCCUGUGGCUCACUUAGUGAGAUCAACCCGAUAGGAGUAAAAUCUGGGCUCGGAAAAAGGACAGCAUCUGUGCGUCUGAAUCGUCCAAGUAAGCCUUCAUAUGACUCAAGGUCAAUGGAAGCUUGUACAAAUCCCGGCACAAGAUAUCCUCGUGGCUUGAAAAGACGUUUCUCAAACCUUCGAUUCUUAAUAGCACGGACAUCAGAAUCAGCUCCAGGAAUAUCGGAUUCGACUACGGAAGCCUCAAGGCACAAUAGGCCAGACCAAGGUGCCAGUUUAACAAAUGUUAAUUUUGCUAGCAACCGCUUUGCAACCGGGGAUGAUCAUUCGAUGCAGGGAAAUGGUAAUCGUGCUGCUUUCGGUCGAAGAGUGCGAUCAAAGCUUCUAAAGUGGGUUAAGGAUGCAAAGGCAGCAGUGCGAGCAUGCGCAAAGAGGAACCAUGGUGUAUGAAAGGGGUAAAUCAGGCGAUGGCAUCCUACCAACGUAGCC